AUGCGGGAAGUAUUUGAUAUUCGACGAGGUCAUAAAUGCGGUUUUGGACGGAUCCUUAAGGGGUCCAAGUCCUCUGCCAUUUAUGAUAUUCCAGAAUCAUCUAUUACUUCAAAUUCUACUAUAAAAGAUACUCAAUCUACUGAAGGAGAUGCACGUUGCUUUGUGUUCAAGAUACUAUUUGGUCAUUUGUUUGAGAAAAUGUCAAUGGCGCUUGCACGACUAAAGGCUAGGGUUGUAUUGAUGUUGAUGAAGAGCAGGAGACGGAUGCUCAAUUCACUCAUCAAGAGAAUGAGAACAAGCAAUGUUAAUGUUAGUUUGAUACUUUAA